AUGAAAUACGGUCUCGCUUCCAUGAAGCUUACUUUAUUCUUCUAUUUGUUGUAUGUAAAAAAUAUAAUUAGCUUGAAACAUACAAAAUCCAAUCUAUCAUUUUUAUAUAAUGGAUGUGAUAAUACUAAUAGUGGUGUGAUUAGCACACACAGAAAUAAAACAGCUAUACAAAAUAAAAAUAAACAAUCUAAACUUAAAAUAUUAUCGUUAAAUGAAAAACAAGAUGAAGAAUUAUAUUAUGAAUUAAAUCCAGAAAAUACGGAAAAAGUUCUAAAUUUAAUAAGGCCCAAACUACAAAUAGAUAAUGGGGAUGUUGAGCUAGUAGACAUAAAAGGUAAUGACUUAUACAUACGCCUGCUAGGAAAUUGUGUCACAUGUAGCUCAAAUAGUGUAACUAUAUCACAAGUUAUAAAAAAAACUUUAAAAAUGUAUAUUCGAGGUCCUGGAAACAAAGAACCAAAUGUAAUAAUUACAAAUUUUGAUGAAAUUAAUGAAGAAAAUAUUCUAAAUUGUUUAAGUGAUCUCAAGCCAUAUUUUGAUUUUCUUAAAAUUGAAGUCGUAAUUAAAGAGCUAAUAAACAACAAAGAAAAUAUUAAUAAUAGCGUUAUGCUGAUGUUUAAAAAUAUAGAAAACGAGGAUAAGGAAGUAAAUAUACCUCACAAUAUUAAAACCGAAAUUACUGGAAGAUUAAAACAAAGUUUUCCAUCAUUGACUGUUAAUUUUGAAAAUUAA